AUGUUAGAAUGGCUGACGGGUUCCACGCGGCCAGCAGACGCGCGAUACCCUCGAGCAGGUAUACAAUCCGAAUUCGUAGGGAUUGGGAUUGAGCUUACGAGAAGUCAAGAUGAUGGACUAUCGUACAUUGAAGAACCGCCUGAAACCCCGGCGCCAUUGUUCGCGGUCCGUGCCUUUAAGACCGCCAUCUUUGGGACGCCUCACCCAGAUCAAAACGAUGUCAGACACCAUAUGCUGCUAGUGGAGCCAAAAAGGGAUGUUGCAAAGACCCAGCCCGCAGAAAAGGUGGAAGACAACCAAGCUCAUGAUGCGGUAAAUGGCUAUUUCGAUGAGCCCGUUGCGCUCCUCAAAGUUGAUCCACUAGCGUCUCCAACCAAAGGCAUCCUCCUAACUCCCGGUACCGGCGCCACUCGUCAAUUAUCCAAGCAGAAACCGAACAACCAGGCUGUUUCAGUUACGUCCACCCAGGAAGGACCUACUAGAGAAUCCGCGGCAAGUAUUGGCGCCCAUGCGGGGAAUAGGGAUCAAGUCGCUGAUCAGACUGUGGAUCUGAGUCAACCAUGCUCAAGAUCGGGGCAGCAUUGGAAGACUGAGUAUGAGCAAUACCACAAGAGGUCGAAUCGCGAAAUGAAGAAGAUCAUCAUCUACUGGCCUUGGCGAGAAGCUGAAGAAGGAGCUGGCCAAGGUUGCUGCAAUGGAAAAAAAGUAUCGAAGCUAGCCGCGCAGCUAAACAACUUUCACGCGCAAGGUCCAGAAGGGGAGAGCGAGCAGACUAGGCUUGUCAGUGAGCUGGCACAACAGACAGCCUUGGCCAUACGAUACAAGCAAAAAGCCGACCAGUACAGAAGAGCGAUGCAGAAGGAGAAUCGUGCUGAUGGCUCAGUUGGCGAACGACAUGAUAUCCAGGCAAUGGAAGAGACUGAUGAAUGGUCAACCAAGGAGGCAAAUUCUCCAGAAAUUGUUGCUCGGUCCGCAGAAAAAGAUAUGUUACACGCCCAACUGGAGAGCUUGCGUAUGAGUGCGAAAAAAGCAGAAGAUCAAGCCGCAAAGCUCGAAGCUGAGAACGGUGCACUCAAGCGAAGCCUAGCGAGAGUCAAAGGGGAGAUGAUGAGCUAUGAAUCACGGCGGCAAGCAAGAGAAGAGAGGCUCAAGAGAAGGGAAGCAAAGUGCAAGGCCGAUCAGAAGGUAUGCGAAGCUCAACUUGCGAAGCUUACCGUCGAGCAUCAAAAUCUCCUGCUUGCCUCUGGUCAGCCAUCAAAAGCCGAAGGUCUAGCUCAACCACAACCAUCGGCGUGCUCGGACGAUCUAAGAGGACUUGAUGGGAACCCAAAAUCAUCAGAAGGGGCGCUCGCAACUGGCGAUGAAAUGGAUCAUGGGCCUGUUGAGCAGAAUCGCGUCUCCAAGGUAUACCUUUCGCCUCGCAAGAGCAGAUUGCAAAAGUCUGUGGUCGAUAUAUGGACAUUGAGCAGUCCCAGAGAUGCCGUUGACGGUGGAUCACUCUCGAAAUUACCCCCGGAGCUUCCUCCUUCCAGUGUCAGACACGACAUACAACGGACGCUAAAGGAGAUUGAUCAGAACCUUAUCCCUGAACAGCAUCCGGGGACCAAGUCGUUUCCUAAGAUCCAUCUCUCGCAGGCAAAUGAUGCCCACAAACCACCUACACAAACCACGCCUCAGCCUCAAUCAGGCGUGUCAUCACCAAUCCACCGCACGCAUAAUCGGAGACCCACCAUCAGCUCGCCACGACCGGCCACGCUUGAUCUCACCUCAAGUCCUGCUGAACUCGAGCCGUCAAAGGCGAUCCUUAGGCCCAGUGUCAAACCCUCGACGGCGACCCUGGGUCGAUCGUCGAGCUUCACGUCAAGGGUAGGCAGUCGGACCAGCACCAUGACCUCGGCCAGAGGUUCGGCGUUGUCGGCUGAGAGGGCAGCGGCUGCAAAGGCGAGGUUGGCGGCGAGGAGUGCCGAGAAACGGAAGGGGCGGGAAAGGGAAGGGUAG